CGCCCCCCCCUCAAAUCUCAAGCUCAUCGACCUCGCGGAGAGAGUGGGAGAGAGAGUGGGAGGAGGUUCUCAGCUCUUCCAAAGAGAAGCGCGGCUGUGCCCUUCCGUCCUCCCUCCCCCGGUGUUCCCACCCACAUAUGUCUCCAUCUGUCUCUCCCCAUCUCCGUCCCCUUUCCCGAUUGUUCCUGAUUCUCUUCUCCAACCGUCUUCGGAUAGACAGGCGGAUAGAUCGAUCCAUCAAACCCCUCUUGUAGUUCUAUCCUGUGUCUGCGGAAAGGGAGCGAGGACCGCCGUUCCGGUGGUCUUACUGCCUGACCCACUGCUGCCUUCCUGUUUUGUUCUCGCCUCUUCGUUGCGGUUCCUUCCAGCUUCGAUCCGAGCGGGAACGAACAAUGCUGCUUCCUCUCCGCCCUUGUGCGUUCUGAUUCCGCUGAUUACGUUAGCGCAACGCUGGCUGUUUAAAGAUCUGAUCAUUCACUUCUUUCGGUGGAGCCCUGGGAAGCCAUUCGUGCGGAAGCGAAGCGAAAGUCGUCACUAUUAAGGAAGGCAGGAGAUGAAUCGAAGCUUUAGGGCUCCGGAGGCUCCUCAACCUCAAGCGACGAUGACGACGCGGGGGAGGACCCUGGGCGCCGUCAUGAAGGACAGGGACGAGGACCUCGCCCUCUUCCUUGAGAUGCGCAAGCGCGAGAAGGAGCGGAACGACCUCCUCCUCCUCCACAACUCCGAAGAACUCGAUCCCCCCAUAGGGUCUAAACCUGGGAGCGCUCCCAUCUUCAAGAUCGUGCCAUCGGCACCUGCACGCAAGGCUGGUGUGGAUGACUUCCUCAACUCUGACAGCGACAAGAACGACUACGACUGGCUUCUUACGCCACCAGGCACGCCACUUUUUCCAUCUUUGGAUAAGGAGUCCAAUAGAUCUCCAAGAGGCAAUAUUGGGACACCAAAAUCUCGUCCUGCUGUGCUGAAAUCGAGGCUAGCCAAUCCCUCAGAGGCUUCUUCAAAGAGUAGCUUGCCAUCAAGACAGGCAGCACCAUCCACUCGCUUGAAUUCAUCUGCUUUGGAAGCAAGGCGGCCAUCAUCAUCUGGAGGUCCUAUUCGUAUGUCUUCAAGACCUGCAACCCCAGCUGGUCGCCCUACAUUAACUGCCACUUCUAAAUCUUCCAGACCUUCCACUCCCACUUCCCGGGCCACAUUAUCUUCAAAGUCUGUGGCCCCCCCACCAAGAUCAUCAACACCUGCUAGAUCUUCUACGCCCACAUCCAGGCCUUCUUCUCUUGUCCCUAGCAGGCCUGGAUCAAGGUCAGCCACUCCAACUAGACGGCCUUCUACACCAUCUAGUCUGCCAGCCAGUUCUGCUCCAUCAGGUCGAUCUUCUUCAGUCACAAAGUCAGGCCCCAUGACAUCAAAAAGUUCAGCACCAUCACGUGGCAGCUCUCCAACUGUAAAAUGCAGACCAUGGAAACCUUCCGACAUGCCUGGCUUUUCCCUUGAUGCACCACCAAAUUUGAGGACAUCAUUGCCUGAUAGGCCCUCUUCAGCUUCUCGGGGUAGACCUGGAGCACCCUGCUCAAGAUCAUCUACAAUUGAGGCUGGACCUAGUGUUAGACCAAGACAGCAGUCUUGCUCUCCAUCCAGAGGCAGGGCUCCAAAUGGUAUUGUCCAUAAGGGGGGCUCUGUUCCGGCAGUAAGCAGAUCACAUUUAAAUGGUGGUGACAGCUUAAACCCUGUUCUAAUUGGAAAUAAGAUGGUUGAACGGGUAGUAAACAUGAGAAGACUUGCGCCCCCAAAGCAAGAUGACCAACGAUCACUUAAUAACCCUCCUGGAAAGCCAACACUGUCACCAGAUAGCACUGGCUUUGGAAGAACACUAUCAAAAAAAUCACUAGAUAUGGCUCUGAGGCAUAUGGAUAUAAGGCGGAGCAUUCCGAACAGUUUACGGCCAUUAAUGACCAAGGUUCCAGCAUCCUCUAUGUAUAGCAUGAGGUCUGGACCUGCGAGAAGCAGACCAGUUAGUGUUUCCGACUCUCCUCUUGCCACAAGCAGCAAUGCUAGUUCUGAACAAAGUGUCAAUAACAAUAUGAUCUGUUUAGAUGGAAGUGAACUUGAAGAUGAUCUCAGCAGCGAGAAAGGGCUUUCCAGAUGAUCAAAUAGAAGAAUUAAGCCUCUUGCUGUUGAUGAGUAUUUGCAAUCUAGCAAGUUUCGCGCCCUUUUCCCAUUUCUCUGUCUGACUGGCAGCAUAUGCAGCUGAGAGAAAGGUCACCUUUUUAGGAUCACCAGAUUGAGCUCCUGUUUGUUUUGUACCAGUUUGGCUGUCUGCUUUCAUCUUGUUGGCCUUUUUCCAAAUGAUAUCAAGGCCUUAUCAUGUAUGUGGAGAAUUGUUCAAUAGUUUAAUAUUCGCUUCUUCAUACUGCGUUGUCUAUGCCACGUGUAAUUUUAAUUUUCAAAUAUUAGCCGGUCAGAAGGGCUUUC